GCUUGGAGAAUAAUAGAUUGGAAGUUAAAGAUCAUAUUUUGGAUCUCAACAAACAGAUUCAAUCAGAGAAGGAGGCUCGUAUACAGAGUGAGGGUAUUCUGAAAGCCGACCUAGAAGAAAAUUUGAAGAAGGUUAAAGAUGAUCUUGAUACAGAGAUUGAUAACCUUAAAACUGAAAUUGAAGACGCAAAAGAUAAACUUGAGGAAGACAUUGGAAGACUCGGAGCUGAGUUCGAGUCUGCUACUGGUGAUAUCAACGCCAGACUAGAGCAGGAAACUGUGAAAAGGAAAGCCGAAGGAAAUCUGAUUAAGAAUGGGUUGGAGGAGGAGAAACUACUCAGGGGUCAGGAGAAUGAAAUUAUGAAGAAGAGUUUAGCUGAUUCUGUCCAGGAAAUGGAAAAUGGAUUGCUGGAAACAAAACAGGAAGUUAAAAAUAUGCUGGAAGAAGAGAAGGACGAAAGAGCAGGACAAAGUCAGGAAAUGCUAAACCUAUUGGACAAGGAGAGAAAGGACCGAGGGAAACAGUUUGAAAAUUUCCAACAUGGUUUCCAAGAUCAGCUGGAUAAUAUCACAGCAAAGCAUAUAAAGGAUAUUGAGGGACUGAGCCAAGGUCUGGAGUUAGAAUCAGAAGAACGAGAUAAGAUGAGGCUGGGUUUGGAACGUGAGAUGGUUGAGCAAGGGAAGGAUCUGUUGGAGGAACAGGAGAGGAUUAAAGGAGAACUGGAAAACAGGAUACAGAAGGAGGAACAGGAGAGAAAAAAGGAGAAAGAAGAGAUUUAUAAAGAUUUUGAACAGGUUUGUAGGAAUAUAGACGAAAGAAUAACGGGAGAAAAGGAGAAACUAUGGGAGAAGAUUAGAGAAAAUGAAGACGACAUGGAUGAUUAUAAAAACAAAAUGCAGCAAGAAACGGAAAAGUUGAACAAUGCAAUUAUAGAAGAAAAAAAGGAGAGGGAGCAGGAUAAGGAGGAGGUUGAAGGGAAGCUGAAUGCCCAAGAGGAUGGGAAUUUAACCGAACUAGAGGGAAUCAAACUCAUCCUAGCAGAACAAAAUACAAAUAGGUCCAAGUUGGAAGCACAAAUUGAAUCUAGAAUACUGCCAGGGCUGAGCCACCUUGAGGCUGGUUUAGAGAACCUGGAAACCAAGGUUGACCAUGAAACCAGUCAGUUGAAUCAGGGAAUAGAACAUACAAAAGCAAACAUCCACGUGGAACUAAGUGCACUGGCGGACAAACUGCAAACUAGUAACAAUCAGCUGAUGGAACAAUUGGAUGCACAGAAUACAGAAAUGCGAGAAAUAAUUCAGACUGAGACAGAAGAAAUGCGCGAUAAACUAAACACCGAGAAUGAGACGAGACGAGACGAAAAUGAGGAAGCACGGAAAAAGUUAGAAGAUGAAACCAGGGGUCUGCUUAACAAAAUAGAAGAUGAAUCCAACAUGUUGAAAACUUCUCUAGAAAAUCAAGGAAAAGAUAUCUUUGAGAAAAUCCAAACUGAAAACGAUGCAAGAAAACAGGAGGCUGAAGAGAUUAAGAUGAGAAUAGAGCAGGAUAAACAGGAGUUGAAGGAGUAUAUGGAGAAAGACUCCAAUGAGAUUAAGGAGAACAUUGCUCGAGAGAAGGAAGAGUUGAGAAGAAAAAUGGAAGAGGAGGCAAAUCUACUCAAGGAGAAGAUGGAGAAUGAGAACAAGGAGAGAACAGAGUCCAGCGAGCAGAUGAAAAAUGCACUGGAAGAGGAAAAAGCAAGGCUUGAAGCAAAGUUUAAACAGGAUCAAGCAAGUCUUGAGGAAAAACUAGCUCAAGAAGCAGCAAAGCAAGCAGAGAAAGAAAGAGAAUUACAAGAAAAACUUGAAAAUUCCAAAGAAAAGGGAAGAAAUGACCUUAUUGAAAUGUUUGAGAAGGUGAAAAAGGAACUGGAAGCAAGAAAGCGUGAAAGCGAUGAACUCCGAAGAAUGCUUGAAAUAGAAAAUGAAAAACGAAUGCAGGAAGCAGAGAGAAUAAAAGAAAGGUUAGAGAGAGAGAAACAGGAGCUUAGAGACUAUUUAGCUGAGGACAAAGAGUCUAUUAAAAGAAGUAUGGAGGAAGCAACCACCAAUCUUCAAGAUAAAAUAAUAAAUGAAAAUAGAGCAAUCAGGGAUAGUCUGGCUGAAGCUGAACAGAUGAGAAAAGAAGAAUCUAGAAAAAUCCGCGAAAAUGUUGAGAAGGAACGGGAAGAGCUUCAGAAGAAAAUAUUACAAGAGCAAGAUGAACUUCAAAGAAGGAUGGAUGCUGUAAACCUAGAGCUCAGAGCACAAAUAUCCAGCGAAACUGAGGGUUUGCGCGGAAAAAUGUUGAACGAUGAAACUGAUUUAAGAAAUCAAAAUUCAGCUCUCCUCGAGAAAUUGGAAAAUGAAAAACUAGAAUUAGAGGCUAAACUUAAAGCUGAAAGCCAAGCACUAGAGGAGAAACUAUUAAAUGAAGCACUGAAGAACGAAGAGAAGAAAAGAGAGUUAGAAGAACAGUUGGAAGAGGAUAGAAGAAGACAAGAGGAAGACAAGAAAAGGGAACGAAGUAAACAAGAAGAAGAAAAAGAAAAAGAAAGAAUAAAGAAACAAGAACAAGAACAUGAGCUAGAAAUAAGACUCCGACAAAAUGAAGAAGAAAAGAACGAAAUUCUUCAACUCUACGAGAGAAUGAGAAGAGAAAACGAGGAGAGGAAAAAAGAAUGUGAAAACCUAAGAGAUCUUCUUUAUAAGGAAAAAGAGAAGCUUUUUAUUGACCUCUCAAGAGGAACCUCUGAGGUCAGAGACCUUCUAGAACGAGAACAGGAUAACUUAAGGGAAAGGUUGGCAAGACAUGAUGCUGUAUCCAGCUUGUUUAAAGAGGAACUACAAAAAAACAAGGAGGAUGAUCAGAUUGGAAGAUCUUUGUUGGACACACUCAAACAACAGGUAUCAGAGAUGUAUUCCGCAGUUUCCAAGCAAUUCUCUGUGUACUUUAAUGCUUACAGAGAUGAACCCUAUAAUUCAGGUAAAUUCUUUGUUUUUAAUCACAGUUGCAUGCAGGUAAAAAACACAUUGGAUUUCCGAGAUAAGCUAAAUUCACAAACUUUUCUUACAGCAUGUCUGAUUCACAACA